AUGGAUACCAUCUUAGUUUUCAGCUCAAUCAUUACAUCCUACGAUGCCAACAAGAAAGGAAAUGGCUUUCUUUCUUGGAGGGUGCUGUCACAAUUUCAAACUCAGAGACAGCAGUUGCCAAGCCUCUUCCCAAAGAAUGUGAGAAGGAUCAGGGAUGCACUAAUGCAACAAGUUCAGGCAGAAGCCAAAAGGUCCAAAUUCAUCCAAAAUCAGACUGUGGCUACCCUCCACUGCCUUGGCUCUGGGAGCAAAGUAAAAGUCAACCUUGUAUAUCUGGAGAAAAGGUCAAAGGUCAAGCAUACUCUGAAGAACCUGAGAGUCACUGCUGCUCCCUACAGAAACAGCACUGCCUCCCUAAGCUGUCAUCUAACCCUUACAUCCAAGUUUCAGACUGGAUCCCUUCUAACAGGCAAAGUAUCAAUGCCUGGGAGCCAGAGAGCUAUGCCAAUGCCAGCAGUUGUGGAGAAGGCAAAGGAAAGAAGACCAGCAACCUGGGGCAGGUGA